CGUGGGCGUGUUCAAAUACCUCCCAACAAAUACCAUAUGGCAAUCUACUAAUCAUUUUCACUCACUCAAGAUAUAUGGAUAAACCAUACGACGAAACAGUCGAUGUGCCAGAUUCAGAAGAUAUAGCAACACCACGACUGCAACAGUCUAUUGCUGAAAAUUUUGAUAGAUUUCGAGUUGAUCAUUUAGAUUCUCACAGAGAUGACAAUAAAUCAUUAAGAAAAAUAAAGAAUGAAUUACUAAAUAAAUCAAGUAAGACUGCACCAAAAUCAAUCAUCGAAAAGAAGUCAAACAACGAAAAAUUAAGUAGUCAAGAUAGUUCCGGCGAUGACGAUGAUGAGGAUGAGGAUGAUGAUGAUGAUGACGACGACGAUGAUGAUGAAGAUGAUGAUGACGAUGAUGAAAAUUCUAAUAUCCCUGAUGUCAUUGAAGGUGUCUACAAUCCGGCCGAUUAUGAACAUUUGACUGUAUCGUCUGAAAUUAAAGAAAUUUUUGAAUAUAUUCAAAGAUAUACACCUCAAACAAUCGAAUUAGAAACAAAGUUGAAACCAUUCAUUCCUGAUUAUAUACCAGCUGUUGGAGAUAUUGAUGCAUUUUUAAAAGUGCCCAGACCAGAUGGUAAACCAGAUUAUUUAGGUUUAUUGGUCUUGGAUGAACCAUGUGCUAAUCAGUCAGAUCCAACAGUACUUAAUUUACAAUUGAGAGCUUUGUCAAAGCAAACUGCAACAAAACAAGUAAUAGUUAAAAGUAUUGAAAACGCUGAACAACAAACAAAAGUCAUAGAAAAUUGGAUUAAAAGUAUAACAGAUUUGUAUAGAGCCAAACCUGCACCAACUGUACACUAUACAAGAAACAUGCCAGAAAUAUCUGAACUUAUGGCUGUAUGGCCAACAUCGUUUGAAGAAACCAUAAAUAAUAUGCAACUAUCACUAUCUGAGUUGGAUUGUAGUUUAAAAGAUUAUGUAGAUAUAAUCUGUGCACUUCUAGACAUUCCAAUUUACAAUAAUCGAAUACAUUCAUUACACUUAUUAUUCUCUUUAUAUUUGGAAUUUAAAAAUUCUCAACAUUUCCGUCAAAAUGAAUCCGUUAUUACUUGAUGUAAUUACGAAAUAGCAAUGAUUAUUACAGUUAAAUAUCUUUGUACCUGUGA